AUGCUGGAAAAGACGAAACACCUCACUCUUUUCCUCCCCUACGACGACAGACGGAGACAUCAGCAGGAGAAAUAUCUCCAGAUCCGAUACGCCUAUGCUGUCACCGUUAACGUCCCCUUCGGCGCGAUCUUUAUCGUCGUCAGCUACACCAUCAGGCACGACAUACCUUAUGGAUCCUGGCGACAGUCAUUGCCGGUGUCUUUCUCUUCAUCAGAGACAUUACUUGAUGAACCUCGUUCUUCAUUCGACUCUACCGAAGUCGAGGUGCUAAGUACACCUUUCCUACCUAGGGCUAUUAAGGAAGGAGAAAGAUCAACUGAGACGCGGAAGCCACCGGUUAUCACCAUUAUUGAAGAAGGAAGAGAAUGGUGGGGGUUCAAGGACGAGGGUUUUGCUGAUUGGGCGAUGGUAUGCGGGUUCUCAAAACGUGAUGUAUUGCUCAUCAUGCCUCAACAAAACAAAAGGUACGCAACGCGAAUCCCUCGUAGUGUAUGGAAGCAGCACAGCGAGACGAUAGAAACGCUGUUUCUCUGCGAAGAUAAAACCCUCAGUAUUGUCAUGGGCACAAUGAAACGUCGUGGGUUCUAUGCGAGUGAAUCUCAGUACGGGCGCCAACUCAAGAUAUGGGAUAUACGAAAGAACUGGAAGAAGGGGGACCGGUCUCAAACAACCCGUUUCUUUGAGAAGAUAGAUGAUAUGAGAGAAGUGAUAGCAUUAUGGAUUGAUACCUUGGGAAAGCUAGAAGACCAUAUUGCAUUAGUUUUUCAGUUUUGGCCAGGGGCAGAACUCGAGGGCAUUGUAUCUGAAGACUUGUCGAAUCUUGUUCGAAAGCUAUCAGAAGUUUCGGAACUUUACAACUUCUACGUCAGGCACGUCAAGAACAUGCUAAAGGAACGCAAUUUGCCUGUCAUCCCACCUAAGUGGAGGCAUUUCUUAUGGGUUUGCUUCCAUGAGCUUCAAAUGAGAUGCAUGAGGCUUGAGCCCACCUUAGAAGGUGUGCUCUAUUUUGUGACAGCAGAUUGCGAGCUGAUCAGUACUGUAGGUCUCUUGGAGAUGACUGGUGAGGUGAUUUCCAUCGAGAGGUGUAUCUUGGAGCUUUCGAAGCGCAAUAUAAAUAUAGAAGAUUACCUCUCAACAGAUGGAAUUGCAAACCCAUACAUAUCAGAUCCGGAUCUCUGUCGCCACACACAAUGCGACAGAGAAGAGUUGUCUUCCUCUCCAAUGCAAACAUGGGAUACUCGCAUGUGGGAGUCGAUGGGUGUUACAUGCGAGGAAUGGAUCACUAGAGGAUGGGACAUCUUUUUUUUGGGAGUUGGGGAUAACUUGGAGGAUGAUCGGAUGAGCGCGUUCAUUGGAUCGGGUUCGUCGAAGCCGCUAUCGAAGCGACAGUACGAUGAGUACAGACCGCUGUUCCAGUCUUAUCUGGACAUACAAAAGCAGAUACAACUCGAUGAUCUAGAUGAGCGGGAGAUCAAGGGACGAUGGAAGAGUUUCGUCAGUCGCUGGAACCGUGGAGACCUAGCACGAAGCUGGUAUGACCCAUCCAUGCUGAAAACAGCCCAAGAAACCGUACAAUCCUACCGCGCAUCCUCCCCUCGCGCUCCUGCGAAACGAGCCUCACCAACCUAUACAUCAAAAGAGGAGGCGACAUCAGACCAAAGCGACGAUGACUUUGGCCCAGCACCACCCACAAACCUACAACGGCACCAAGGCCACGGCCCGACAAUCCCCAAACUAGACGACCUGACCUACCGCAACGAGCUACGCGCCGAGGAUCGCGAGAAAGGCCAGAUGGACUACGUAGACGACAUCCGUCACGCGCGCAAAAACGACCGCAAAUCGCAGAAGGAGGCCUUGGAAGACCUCGUCCCGCGCGCCGACCCAGGCUCCCGCGAACGCCAGCUAGAGAAGAAGCGCGAAACAACGUCCACGCUGAACUCCUUCCGCGAAGCCAAAGAGGCUGGGGAACUAGAGGUGCCAGAGUCGGAUCUAAUGGGCGAUGACGGCAUAGACAUGUAUAAGAAGAAGAAAAAGGAGCAGGAGAGGCAGAAGAAUGAGAGGGAGAUACGGAGGGAGGAGAUUGCAAGGGCGAGAGAGGCGGAGAGGAAUGAGAGAUUGGCGGAAAGAAGGGAGAAGGAGGGCAAGACCAUGGACUUCUUAAGACAGAUUGCUGCAGAGAGAUUUGGGUAG